GGCCGCUGCGUUGAAGAAUAAACCUCUAUAGAUGGGCACCUGCUCUACCAGGUUCGUACUGUGUUUUUCUGACUCCACUUCCAUUUUGGUCCAUCAGGAGUUUAUCAACAGAGCUUUAAGGAUGCCAAGUGACUACAUUCCCAUUCUAGAGAUCUUCAUGGGCAUUAUGGGCUUCGGCCUCUCCAUCAUGUUCUGCACGACCUUCUGCAGGGCGUGCUUUCGCUUUAGAGAGGACCAGAUAGAGAGGGAGGUGUGGCGACGCACUGACCAGGAGGCGCGCCCUCCUCCCAUAUUUUUCAUCCCUUUCCAUGGAAGUUUGUCACGCCAGGACAGCGAAGACCAAACCAGGAUGCCUCACUACAGCCAGGAGCUCCCCACACCACCACAAUAUAGCAAUGAUGUAUACUGUGGGCCACCACCAUCCUAUAAUGAGCUGGAAUUGAAGCCUGAGGAUCUUCCCCCUGUGUACACAGAGUAUAAUGUCCCUGUGUAUCCUCCAUCUCACACAGACAUGGUUCAUCCACACACACAGUCAUAACAAUAAGCCAGGACCGUCACACUGCCUGUGUGGAAGUUAUGGACACUCUUGAUUAUUGAGCUGCCUCAUGGGCUUGAGUGAACUGGCACUGUUGUUUAUAAUGUUUCAAAGAUUAUUUUUAUUUUAUUAUCAAGCUUGUUUAUUUUAUUGUGAUAAUGAAUGCGAUGAUGGCACAGAGGGGAUAAAAGCUGCAGAAAUAUGAAAUGGCAUCAGGUUUAAAGCUACAACACCUGGAGUAUACAGCACAUUCUCUGAGCCACUAAAACACUUAGAAAUAGAAAUAUAUUUUAUUUGACUCUGUAUGGUGAUUGAUAAAAUGGGAUAUGUGCUCAUCAUUUUCCUACCUGAAAUUAUCUCCAACAAAGAGGUUUUUCUUCUGGUUUGUUUGCAUGUCUGUCUGAUGUCAAAAUCAUGUUAAAGGUAUUAAUGAAAUGAAUGUGAAUUGAAAUGGGAAGGUGAAUCCAAUGGUGCCACUAUGUGGCCUUUUAUAAAGCACUUUGUCGUGGCUCAUGCCUCCUGAAUCAUGAGGAGUGGGUGCAGAAUUUCCAUUAAAAGUUUUCUCACCACUUUU